AGCAGUUUGCAUGGGGCUUGUCAGCUGGGGCAGUUGGGGUGCAAAUUCCCAGGAGAAACUUCAAAAGGGUGCCAGAAAUUUGGAAAAGAUCAACACACACAACUAGAAACAAAAAUGGAAGGUCAGGACCCAGCAGGGCCCGAUGCGAAAGGAAAAUCUGAGGCCAGCAGAAAAGAUCCUCGUGUGGUCCAAGCUGAGACAGUCCGGGGGAUCCUGACUUUGACAGCACCGCAUCAAAUCAAAAAGGAACCCGGGGAGGGUCUAAAUCAGUGCUGGGAGACCCAGUGGCAGGAGUUCCUGAAGACAGUGGAGUCCCCUCAGUUGGGAUGGGAGAACCCACAAGUGCCUCAGGGCCUUUGGUCGAAGAGUGACGUUCAGGAGUUCCAGGCCUACUUGAAAGGAAUUGGCAAUGGCAGCAAGUGGUCCAGGGGGGAAUGUAUGACUCAGCCCCAGCCGGGCCACACUGGAGAAAACCAGGUGGCUUUCAAAUGCCUGGAUCCUUCAGUGGAAGUAAAAGAAGAGGCAGCGGAUGAGGAUGCCGUUCGCCUGGAGAUGUGGCGCCAGCGCUUCAGGCAGUUCUGCUACCAGGAUACUAAAGGGCCACAGAAAGUCUUGAGCCAGCUCCAGGAGCUUUGCCGUCUGUGGCUGAGGCCAGAGAGACGCUCCAAAGAGCAGAUCCUAGAGAUGGUGGUCCUGGAACAGUUCCUGAGCAUCCUUCCCCAGGAAAUGCAGAGGUGGGUCAAGGAACAUGUCCCCGUGACUUGUGUCAAGGCAGUGUCUCUGGCUGAGGAUUUCUUGCUGGGUCUGCGAGAAGUUGGAAGAACAGAGCGAAAGAAGCUGAGGACUUUGGAAGAGAUGCCUGCUAAUUCCAAUAAGUCAAAGCAGGAUACUUCUGAUACUACAGAGUUGCCGCUUCCCAUGGAGUUCAAGCUCGAGGGGGACAGGGAGGCCAGCUUGCUGGCGACAAAAUAUUCAGGGUGGGUGCGUAGAGGAUCCUCCCAGCAAAGAACAUCAUGGUCCAUACAAAAAGCAUUGCACCCCAGCCGAGACUCUCGUUGCCACUCAACCAGUGAUUCCCAAGUUCUGGACCUGCUGAUGGAGUUUUCAUCUCCAGACUUGGAACACUCGGCCUCCAGCACUGAUUCUUCAGGGGAGGAAGCCCAGGAAGAGCCGCUCGGCCACUCAAAGGAGACUGUGUUGGUGGGGGAUGAUGAGGAUGAAGAGGAGGAGGUAGUUGAGGUUAUCGUCCCAGGCACCCCACCUUGGACAACAUCUCACCCUCAGCUUCUGGCUGACUAUGCCACAGCGGACGACAUGCCAUUCUCAUCCACCGGGCGCCCCUUCCUGGGGUCCUUCACCAGGAGCACCACGGGCACUACGGACACCAAAACCACUGACUCCCCUACUUCCGGCGUGCCCUGUGCCACACCCACAAUGGCAAAGCGGCUAUCUGACACAGUGGCUAUUGGAGUGCCGAACCCCGCAAAGCGAGGCCGGAAAGUGUCGUCCUACGUGUGGGGACAUUUUACGCACACCACGGACAAAUUCACAGUGGUGUGCAAUCACUGCAGGCAGCAUCUCCGGCUGGGGAAGGAAGGGGGAUGCGCCAGGGUGGGAACCACAUCUAUGCAUCGGCACAUGUCUGUCCACCACCCCCUUCUCCUUCCCAAGAAGGCACCAUCAAAGUCCUCUGCUGAUUUCUCCUCUCCCUUUACUAUCUCUGCCAUGUCCCCUGAGGCCUCGGUUGCUCUGCCUCCAACUCCCUCGCCUACUGCUGGAGCCUCGUCUCAGUCGACCCUGCACGAGACUGUCGCCAAGGAGCAGAUUUGGGCCCCUAGUGACCCACUGGCAAUGGAGCACAACCAGUGGCUGGCGGAGUUCCUCGCCAAGAGCAUGCAGCCCUGCUCCCUCGUCGGUGAACCGGCAUUUCGGGAGUUCCUGCAUCGCUGUGUCCCACAAUGGAGAGUGCCCGGGAAGAACUACUUCUCUGCUUCUGCCAUUCCCGCUCUGGCAGUUAGUAUCAAGGAUGCUCUCAAGAAGGAACUGAAAGAGUGCAUUGGCGGGACUGUGCAUCUGACUGCUGACAUCUGGACCAGCUGCCAGGUCCAAGAUUACAUGUCAGUGACCGGACACUGGAUGGUGCAUGACCCAGCUGGGUGUCUUGUCCGCCAUAAGGCCGUGCUAGACAUGUCUGGCUUUGGCCACAUACACACAGCUGGGACCGUUGGCCAGAAACUGCAGUCAGUUCUGGAGGACUGGCUCACCCCCCUCGGCAUCAAACCUUGCAACACGGCUUCAGACAAUGCUGCUGACCUUGUCAAAGCACUUAGGGACCGGGGUCUGAAGCACAUACCUUGCACGGCCCAUUGCCUGAACCUCGUUGUCAAGGGGGGGCUCGCAAAAUGCAGCGAGGAGCUGAGCACCACGUUGGAAACAGCCCGAGCCAUUUGCAACCACUUCCGACACUCUGCCACCGCACAGGCUCACCUCCGAGACAUCCAGCAGCACUGCAACGUGCCAAAGCGCCGACUUGUCCAGGACGUGGCCACCCGGUGGAAUACCACACUCCAUAUGCUGGAGAGGCUUCACGAACAGCGGCAGGCAAUCACAGAGUAUUUUGAGGGCUGCAGCGAGCUUCACUUAAGCCCUGGCCAAUGGGAACUGAUCAAAGAUGUGAUUUCUGUUCUGGGACCCUUUCAAGAAGCGACGCAGAUGCUCAGCCAGGAAAGUGCCACGCUGGGCCAGGUGCUGCCGAUGCUGCGGCUCGUAGAAGUACUACUGCAGGACAUCAGCCACACUGCGCGGGACGGGACGCCGUCCUAUACUGUGUCCACAGACCUGCUGUUCUACUUCCAGACAAACAGGCACUUGAAAGCAGUCAGGGCAAAUGUCACCUACUUGACCGCCAGCUUCCUCGACCCCCGGUUCAGAGACACCUUCCACACCUAUGUCGGGGGGACUGAGGGGCAGUUGCAGAGAAAAAUGGAAGAGGUGGAAGAUCAUGUCCUGGGGGAGAUAGCGGAGGUGUGCGCCAAGAAAUUCGGGUCCAGCAAGGAGGACACUGAGGAGGAGCUGCAUUCCUUGUCCAUGACCCAGCCUGGGCCCAGCGGAUCCCUCCCACCCGCAACCUCAACACACUCCUUCAAAGACUGGUGGCUCCAGCACGCAAAUCGAGUUGGUAUCACGCGACCGGCUGUGCAGCAACGGGCCCAACGCCGGCGUUCGAAGGCUGCUGCCGCCGCAAAGCAAGAACUGGAUGCCUAUCGGAGGGACGAGGUGGGAGAGUUUUGCGAACCUGGCAGUGACCCUGCCAAGUACUGGGAGAGGAAGCGGCACGUCUGGCCCUCCCUUUACAUUGUAGCGGUGAGGUACCUGGCGUGUCCUCCAACCAGCGUAUUUUCAGAGAGGCUCUUCCUCGCAGCAGGGAACAUUGGCAGCGAGGGACGGAGCAGGCUCACCAUUCAAGACGUGAAUGUUCUUUGUUUUAUCCGAAUGAACGGAGAGUGGUUGCCCAAGGACCCCGUGUCUGGGCCUGCUGGCAUUUUUGAGAAACUUUGCAAGGAUGUGGAGAGAGACUGUGAACAAGAGUUGGAGGAGGCUGAGUUUUCAGAUGAUGAGGACGCCAGGCCGUUGCUCCAGAAAACAGUUUUUGAUGAGGAACACUGUAUUUGACUGGACUCAGUUGCCAGCAGUGGCAUACCUAGGCAAACUGGAGCCCUGGGCAAAACCUGAGUUUGGUGCCCCCCCCAUGGGCAGCCACCCUCCCCCACCGUGACCAAACAAAAAAUUUUUUCC